GGCAAAAAAAACAAGAGCGAGUCCGUACAAUCGGAUACCGAGCGCGGCCGGCGGUUCGCCCCCUUCCCAAAUCCCGGCGACGGCGGUCGGUCGGACGGAGAGGAGAUGCGGCCCCGCACGGCGGACCACCUCGAGGCGCUCUCCCUCGAGAUCGAGCGCAAGCUGCACAAGGCUCUGAAUUCCAACUCGCAGCGCCUCAAGCUGCUGCAGCAGCUGUUUGCCGACAUCGCGCUCAAGGUCGACGACCGCGCUCGAGAUAAGAUUUUAAGCACCAAUAAUGAGGGGAUCGCUCCAGUAGACGACCGCGAAGACGGCCAUUUGUGCUUCUAUGAGAUUCUUGCACAUCACUAUGUGAAAGUACCUCAAAGUGGGAGGCGUAUACUUGAGUUGAUAGUGCAACUCUGGAGCCAAUCCUUUGCAGCCAACAUAUUUGCACUUCUUUUUCACAGAUGGUUGUUUGAAGUCCCUCUUGAGGGGAAGGAGGUAUCACUAAGAUACAGCUCUGCUCUUGUCCAAGGAGCUACUAACGUUUUUUGGAUUGACAUUCAAACCAAUACAAGGUACUUCCUCCCAUUGUAUCAUUAUCUCCUUGAAGAAGUCGCUUUAGUUCCAGAUCAACUCAUUAAGAUAUCACCACAGGCUGGUAGAAAUCUAUUCUGCCUCCUCUCCAGAUUCAUGCUGUUCUAUGAUCAGGAUCACUUGCUUACAGGUUUUCUUGGGCAUUUCCCUGCUUUUCCAAAUUCUUUCUUGGUUGGUGGAGCUGCAGAUUACUUUGUGAUUGAACUCACCGAUCAGCUCCAGAAGCUAAAAGUGGAGCCAGUACUGCUGCACUACCUUUCCCGCAUGACCAUCCUUCAAGGCUGGGAGUUGAGGAUGAGUACAAGCACCAGACUAAAGUCAUGCCUGUAUAGCUUCACAUCGCCUGGAGGCCCUGCCUAUCCAACAAGAGCCGUCCGGCAUGCAGCCUGGAAUACGUUGGAUUUACUUUUUCCUGUGGGUCGCUAUCCGAGGCAUGUGAUAAGUCUGUUCUUUCGGCUGCUCUAUCCAUGGUAUUGGCCUUCCUCUUGCUGGAACUUCGUCAUGACCUGCGUGAGCACCAUCUACUACUACAUCCUGAAUCUGCUCUUCUCGAUCUGGGAGAACAUGAGGAGGCGCGACCAUCAAAGGAUGCACAGAGAAUGAAGAAACCGCGGCCGGGCCGGGCCUAAUCAAGGCUAUAAUGUUGUGUUGUUGUUCUUUUUCACCUUAGAAUGGUUAGCAUCAUGUGUGUGUGCAUGAAAUUUGUUGUAUAAAUCCAAGUGUCUGUUGUGUUUGUUAUACAUGGACAGAGGAUGUGAUGUGAGUCAGAGAUGUGCAGUGAGAGAGGGGAGGAAGGGGCAGUUUUUAUGCUCACCAGUCUGAAGCUGUAAUUUGUAUACAACAUUCAGCAGCUUCUCCAAAUGCCAUCAAAGGUUAUUACCCAUGCUCUAA